CUUUGGGCUUUGCAAUAAUAGCAGACAAAAAAGGUGGUCCAAAAUGGCGGUGGCCCUGAGUAGCAUUAGCUUUUAUACAGUCGGUUCCUAAGAUGAAAAGACAUAAUUGUUGUUCAUAAUUUUCCUCAAAAGAAAAGCAAGAAUCAUGGCGGACACUGGAUCCAUGAUAUCUCCCCAUGUAGUCAUCUUUCCAUUUCCAGUACAAGGCCAUAUCAACUCCAUGCUCAAAUUAGCUGAGGUUCUAUGUCUAUCAGGAAUUAAUGUGACAUUCGUCAACACCCAACAGAACCACUCACGUCUCAGUAAUUUCGGCGAUGUUCAAUAUCGUUUUGGUCGUUUUCCAGGUUUUUUCGAAUCCAUUCCAGAUGGUCUUUCUGCUGAUCAACCUCACUCUACUGGUUUCCGUAAUUCCCAGGAUUUGGUUGGUAUGCUCCACCGGCUGAAAAAUGUUAUAAGACCAGGUUUCCGAGAGUUACUAACUUGUAAUCGCUUGAAAAUUGAUUCCCGGGGUCCAGUUUCAUGCAUCAUAGCAGACGGUAUUUUGGGUUUUGCCAUUGAUAUUGCAGAAGAGCUGGGUAUUCCAUCCAUUUCUUUUCGGACCAUCAGUGCUUGUUGUAGCUGGAUUUAUUUUUGUUUGCCAAAGCUUAUAGAAAAUGGUGACAUAGCAUUCAAAGACGAAAGAUAUGGAUCAACAGAUAAAGAAUGUGCCAGAGAUGGAAAGCUUUCUUCGGUGUCGAGACCUACCAAGUUUCUGUAGAGCUAAGGAUCUAAACCAUCCUAGUCUAGAUUUUGUAAUUUCUGAAACAUUUUAUUCAACUAGAGCCACAGCUCACCUGCUUAACACAUUUGAUGUUGAAGCUCCAAUCAUCUCACAAUUGAGAUCUUACUGGCCUAACCUAUACACAGUUGGACCUCUGAAUGCCCUGUUGAAUACCCUUAGAAGUAGGACUGCUAAUUCUCCUCAUUCUUCUUCUUCUUCAAAGUCUGUUUCCUCAAAUGCUAGUUUGUAUAAAGAAGAUAGAAGUUGCAUGACGUGGCUAGAUAAACAGCCAGAGAAAUCUGUAGUCUAUGUAAGCUUUGGUAGCAUUGCGAUGGUGAGCCGGGAACAAUGGCUGGAGAUUUGGUAUGGCCUAGUCAAUAGUGGUCACAGAUUCUUGUGGGUUAAACGUCCGGAUUCGCUUCUUGCCGAGGAGAGUCAUAUAAUACAGGCGGAGGCGAAGCUGAUUGAGGCAACAAAAGAGAGAGGUUACACGGUGGAAUGGGCGCCACAAGAGGAGGUGUUGAACCAUCCAUGUGUUGGUGGAUUUUUUACUCACAGCGGAUGGAAUUCUACACUGGAAAAUAUGGUUGCUGGAGUACCCAUGGUUUGCUGGCCACAUUUGGCUGAUCAGCAGAUUAACAGCAGGUACGUGAGCGAAGUAUGGAAAAUUGGAAUGGACAUGAAAGAUAACUGGAACAGAUUAACUGUAGAGAUAUUGAUUCGGGAUAUGAUGGAUGUUAAGAGAGAUGAGUUGAUGAAAUCAACUGCCAAGGUCGCAGAGAUGGCACGACAGUAUUAGCCGCGACGGAUCCUCAUACCGCAACUAUGAGGCGUUGCUCGAAUUCAUAAGGAAAUCGUGUUAAGCACUUAAGCUUUGCUAUUCCCCAAGCACACAUCCAAUAAUGUACUCUAUAAUAAUGUUCUCUUUGCGGGUGCCACUGUAGUAUAGUGGUAAAGUCAUUGAACAGUGAUUCUAGUAACCUGAGUUCGAAAGUCGUUAAUAAGGCUGGGUCUUAUAUGCCGGCCCUUCGUUGACAAAGUUCAAUAGAAUAGCCAUGUCACAUUUUGGAGGAGGCAAGGUGUUGCAAAUUCCAAUUCAAUUCAAAA